AUGCUACCAACUCAAAGAGACUUCUACAACUUCAGUCCUAAGCUUCUGAGACAGGAAAGCAGAUGUUUGGUUUUCUUCAAGCAGACCUUUCCUUUUACAGGGGCUGACUCAGUCUCGCUAAAGCCAUAUGCAAUACUCCAAUGGUGGAGAGACAGACUUUUUGUCAAACCAUUUCUACAGAAAAACACUUUCAGGGGAUUUAUUUCCUGGGAUGGGUUCAUUACAGAACUUUUUGAAAAUGAAGGAAAUCUUACAGUCUGUCAAAAGGAGCUUUGCUGUCAUUUAAGCUACAAAACAUUACAAAAAGAAGAGAAUGAAGUGUACGUUCUAGGAGCUUUUACAGGAUUACAUGGCCGAAGGAGAAGAGAAUACUGGCAGGUCUGCAUAAUGCUGAAGUGCAAAACUACUAAUUUGGCUACUUGUGGAUGGCCAGUAGAAACGGCUUCUAGAAGAUUUGAAAUGUUCUCCCUCAGUGGCACAUUUGGAACAGAGUAUGUUUUUCCUGAAGUGCUACUUAUCGAAAUUCAUUUAUCAUCUAUAAAAUUUGAGGUGCUGAAAGACAGGCGUUUGGUAAAUAAGAAUGGAUCAUCUGAGCCUAUACUAACAGUGUCUCUCCUUGGGAGGUGGUACACAAAGGACUCACUUUAUAGGUCGUGUGGGACCAGCAAUUCAGCAAUAACUUACCUGCUAAUAUUCAUAUUGUUAAUGAUCACAGCUUUGCAAAAUAUUGUAAUGGUAUAGGGUGUCUCUUUAUCACUCUGUUUCUGCUUCAUAUACCUGGCUAAAGGUGUUUAUCAGCUUCCCAAGUUUACUAAGAAACUUUGAAGGGCUAUUUUGGUAGAAUAGAUCAGUGAGUCCUAAAUAUUCUUUCUCAUCAAGAAUUAUUUUAUAAGUAUUAUAUAAUGUUCCUUUUUUGGGCUACUCUGAAAUGUUGCAGUGUGGAACAAUGGAAAGAGUCCGCCGUUUGGGUCAGAUAAAUGAAGAUCAAACCCCAGCUCCAGGCUCAUUUGCUCAUUUGUGUGGGUUUGUAUGUGUGUGAGGGUGCAGAGUGAGGAGUUUCAGGGCCAUUGCAAGCACAGCUGUGCCCUUGAAGAGAGUAAUAGUGAUGGGAAUUUAGAGGUUUAUAACUGAGUUCUCUUUGACAUUAAAGACAAUUUGAAGUCA